AUGGAAUUGUUUCAUUUGAGGCUCUUGCUCUUAAACCGCCCUGGUAUGCGGUCCUUUCAAGACAUUCUCACUGUCGACGGAGAGUUUUACGAUUCAUUUGGCAAGGUGUGCAAAGUUUUAGGCAUUAAUGAUACUUCUAAGGUAGAUUACACAUCGGCAAUGUGUGAGGUUGCAAGUCAUGGUGCCUCUCGCCAAGUCAGGGCAUUUUUUGCAACGAUACUAGCAACUUGCUUCGUUGAAAAUGCAGAAGAACUCUGGAAAAAGCAUCGUGAAGCAAUGAGUGCUGACUUCCGAAGACGUGGUUGUGGAAGAAGAGAAGCACUCAUUCGAGCGAGAAGAGAAAUUUUGCAUCUAGUCAGUCAAAUGACGGGCGAUGUAUCUGACACAGUCAUGGUCCCUGAUGUUAACAGUCGAUUUUCGAAUCCUGUUAGAAUGAACUUUGAUCUCGAUGUACCUAUGGAAAUUUUACUUAAUGGUAUAGAGAUUUUUGAGGACGUUUUGGAGGGACCCCCAAAUGACGACGAGUUUUUAGAUGAACUUGAGACUGAAUUCAAUGACGAAAAUCAACAUGAGUCGAAUCACCAAGUUGAUGCUCUUUUUUCCCAUGUAAACAGCUACACAGAAGAGCAGCGGUCAGUACAUCAUGAAGUUAUGCAGGCGGUCCGUUCUAAUCGAAAUGAUAUACCACAGUUCUUCUCAUUAGUGGCUCCUGGAGGUUGCGGAAAAACUUACGUUUAUCUUGGACUUCUGAUGGACUGCAAAACAAAUCACAUCCCUGUUGUCAGUUGUGCCAUGACUGCUAUUGCUGCAGGCUUGUUAGAAGACGCCGAUACCUGUCAUAAAACCUUCGGCAUCCCCAUCAGAGCAAAAACUGACUGUUCCCAAAGGUCUUUCAUACAAUGUGACUCUGCCGAUGGCAUCCGACUGAGGGAUGCCAAGCUCAUAGUCAUUGAUGAGGUGUCAAUGAUGGCCAAAUGGCAGGUCGUUCUCAUCGAUUUUUUGCUAAGAGAUAUUAUGGACAAUGAUGUGGUCCCAUUCGGUGGAAAGGUGGUUUUGUUAGGUGGUGACAUGGGGCAAAUUCUUCCUGUGUUAAGAAAUGCCUCCUCUUUCGAUCUAAUUGAAAACUCCCUUCCAUCUUGGUCACACUGGCAAGAAAGACGCGAACUUAAACUGACUCACAACAUGCGAGCAGCUGAAGACCCAGUAUACGCUGACUGGAUCCUGAAAGUGCGAGAUGGAAGUGAAAACGUCGCAGGGUCUGACUUCAUCAGAAUACCAGAAAGUAUGCUCGUCAUGGCAAAUGACAAAGGUGAUAAUGAAGACCAUAGAUUGUGUGGCGUGCAAACACGGCUUGAGUUUAACCUUGCCAAAAAACUCGCCCAAGAGAUAUAUGGUGAAACGGUAAAUCAACAUUUGUCUGAUGGGAUAAUAGUUGCACCAACAAAUGAUGUCUGUGAUGAUAACGUCUGUCAGCAAAUGUUGUCAAGGGAAAUUCCAUCCAGAGAUUAUCUAGGCACAACUUCUAUUAUUCAUCAGGACGUGGGGCAGCGUUCUGAAGAGAAUCCUGCAGAAUUCAUUAUGGCACCCGAAGAACUGAACAUGAUUAAUGCUCCGAACCUUCCUCCACAUCAUUUGUCGUUAAGGGUUGGAUCAAUAGUAAUGUUGCUCAUCAACCUUAACAAGAGACUUGGCUUAUGCAAUGGCACCAGAUUUGUCGUGACGAAGCUUUUCCCCAACACAAUAGGGGUCAAACGGCUAAGGGCAUUCAAAGGAAAAAUGGAUGAAAUUUUUUUGCCUCGAAUGAUGAUGCGUAGUGACGACAUCCCUAUUGCAGGCUCUGUGCAACGGUUUCAACUUCCCAUCACUCUGGCUUUCUGCGUCACCAUCAACAAGAGCCAGGGCCAGACUUUUGACCACGUUGGCAUCUUCCUUAGAAAACCUGUCUUCAGUCAUGGGCAGUUUUAUGUGGCGGUCGGUAGAGCCAAGGCACAAAAAAAUGUUCGGAUUUGUAUACUGAAAGGGUCAUCUCAAGGUCCACAAAACCUCCGAGGAGGAAAUGGGUCCUACAGUGAUGUCAGGACGAAGAAUAUUGUUUUCAGGUCACUUCUUUGA